UAUCCAUUUACAUUUCCAACCACUUGCGCUUCACUUGUAGAAAACUAAGUCUUCUUCAAGAUGGCCGAAACAGAGGAAAAUACUGCUGUCGUCGAAGAACAAGCCCCAGCGCCUGCUGCGGAAACCGUAGAGGAGGCUGCUGCAGCACCCGCGGUCGAAGCGGCUGAGCCCGCGGCGGAAGAAACCACAGCUGCGGACGCUGCACCGGCCGCGGAAGUGGGCGAGGCAGAAGCUGAGGCAGAGGUCGCCCCCGCACCUGCGGAGGAGGCCGAGGCCGUUCCAGAAGCAGAAGCAGCCGUAGAAGAGGCCCCAACAGCGCCUGAAGAGGCGGCUGCCGCGGCGGAGGAAGCGCCAGCAGCCGAGGCAGCAGCGGUCGCAGAGGAACUGCCUCCUGCUGCUGAAGAAGCCACUGCUGCAGCUCCCGAGACCAAGGAGGAAGUUUCCGCUUCUCCGGCAGCGGAUGAAAACGUAGAAGUUGAAGCUGCACCUGUUGCAGAAGCAGACAUAGUUGAACCAGCGACAGAGGAGGCGCCAGUCGUCGAAGCCGCGGUUGAGGAGUCUACUGCUCCCGCUGCGGAAACAGAGGCUGCAGAGACUGCAGCUCCCGUAGAAGAGGGCGCUGCUGCCGAAGAACCGCAAGCUGCGGACGAACCGCCAGUUGCGGAAGAACCUGCCGUGGCUGCAGAGGAGCCCGCUGCCGUCGAAGAAGCGCCGGCUGCUGAAGAGAGCAGUCCCGCUGCAGCGGAAGAGAGCAGUCCCGCUGCCGCGGAAGAGAGUGCCACUCCUGCGGCUGAAUCACCAGUAACAGAGACGCCAGCGGUUGCCGCUCCUGAAGAAGAGGUAGUAGCUCCGGCCGCGGAGGAACCAGCUGCGGAAGGCGACGCCGCUCCCGCAGAACCAGAAGUCGAAGCCACUGCUGCACCAGAUGCGGAGGAAGGAACCACUGCAGUUGCUGCGGAGGAGUCUCCCGCAGUAGAGGAAACAGCACCGAGUGCUGCUGCUGCUGCUGCUGACGAGGAGCCCGCUGCAACCGAGGAGCCUGCUGCAACCGUUGAAGAAGCGGCUGGUGAAGUUGUAGAGCCGGCUGCUGAAGCUGAAGCACAGCCAGCUGCUGGUGAUGCUGCGGUGCAGGAGGAACAAACCCCCGCCGCCCCGGAACAAGAGACCACUCCGGAACAAACCACGGCUCCGGAUGAAACAACGCCCGUCGCUGCCGAGGAAACUCCUGCGCCUGCCGCUGCCGAAGAAAUUACACCUGCAGCGGAAGAGGAACAAAAGCCGGCGCCUGCAGCGGACGAGGACGAAGACGCUGCGGAGGACAGCGAAGAGAUUCCGGUCGUUCCGAUGAACGCGGCUCUCGCGGGCUUUGCGCGGCGCAAACAGGAGGAGGAACGGUUAGAGGAGGAGGAGAUUCCACUGAACCCUGCGCUGGCCGCCUUCGCGCGCCGACAAGCCGAACCAGGGUCCGAACAGGAGGAAAAAAGUGAGAACCAAGAGCAACCCAGUGAACAAGAAGGCUCUGCUCACUCCUCGGAGAUGAUGCUGCCGCCGCCGGGCCCGAUCAAUCCAGCUUUAGCUUCGUUCGCCCGACGGAAGCAGGAGGAGGAACGGUUAGAGGACGAGCCGGUGAUGAUCAACCCCGCGUUGGUGAGUUUUUCGCAGCGCAAAACCGCCGGGGAGGAGGAAAGAAUGAAGAAAGCGGAGGAGGAGAUCGACGAACUGAUGAAAGACCACAUCAAACCCUCGAACGACGAAACGUUGCAGGAGUCCCGCGAGGAGGCGCAGCGAACCGAGGCGGAGCUGACGCCGCCGCAGAAGACCCCCCCGAAGACGCCGCAGACGCCCUUCUCCGGGUCCGACCGCCCGAAGUUAUGGAUUGCAAAAAUGUCUGGGUCUGGAAAGAACUUGUAAUGCUGCGUUGGGAAUAAUGAAUGCGCUGUAAUGCACAGCCAAGCAUGAAAAAUGUCUGCGCUUGUUUGUGUUGCGUUUUUCGCAUGACAGCACGACAGGCAAAAGGGUCUCUUCUUGGACACGCAUCACAAACUUUUUGGUCAUGCCAGACAAGCAUGACAAAUCUCGCAAUCGUCCAGACCCCGACAUAUUUGCAAUGCAUAGAAGUCGCAGAAGAGUAACGCGACCAGCAUGGGCAGCAGCGAGCGGAGUUUCAAAGCGAAGGAAAAGCUCCGGCUGAUGGGCGGCACCAUUCUGUAUUCCGACAUCGCGUCUUUGGUCGACGAGCGCUACAAAUUCGCCACGCCGCGCACCCCGAUCGGCGGCCCGCCCAAGGACGAGAAUUUGGAUCCCGAGAUCGCGGACCGCGAGCGGAGGCGCGUGGAGGCGCACCGGUUACGGAACAUGGCGAAGGCCGCGGGGAGCCGGUUCAAGGCGGUGUCGAAGCUGACCUCCAUGGGCGCAGCGCAGAGGAAGCCGAACAUUCUGAGCAUGCAGAACCACGGGAAAAUCCGGGAGGCGGCGCUGGAGACGCAGGCGCACCUCGGCGUGUUGAACUCCGCGUUGUCGAACGAGGGCGGGGGCGUGCAGAUGAUUUCCCAGAUGCUGGAGGAGGAGCGGAGGAAAAAUCGCGAAGCCGAAGCGUUGAACGACCCGGUCGUGCUGGCGCGCGCGGACUUGAGCAAGAAGAUCGCCACUUUAUUGGAGGACGUGCAGUCGGAACUGACCUGCCGGGCCAUCCGGUCGUUGAAUGAGGCUUUGAUCAAGGAUCCGAAGGACAAAAAAUCACUCUUCCGGAAAAUUUUGAUCGCCAAGGUGGGCAGUAUCGAGAACAUCAUCAAAGCCUACGACAGCAACGGAAACGGCGACGUUUCCUACACCGAGUUCGAGGCGGCCACGAAAAAAACUUUAUCUCAGCAGGAGAUGGACACGUUUCUGCUGCUCGCCGGUGUCCCGCAACUGUCCCUGAAGCGCAUUUUCGCCCUCUUCGACGAGUCCGGCGACGGCACGAUCGACACGAUGGAACUGGUGGCGUUCAAGUCCACGGACAUUGUGCAGGCCGAGUGGGUAUCAAAUGCAAAAAUGUCUGGGUCUGGAAACUUGUGAUGCUGAAAUGUGCAUGAUGAAAACACUUCCGAAUUCAGUCCAGCAUGACAAUUUCCCAAAGCGCUUUCUCAUAGGCAAUCUGCGUGAGAAGCUGCGUUUUUGCAUGACAAAAGAGGCUGCGACUUUUGUUGGUUAUGCAAUACAGAUUUCCCAGGAAUGUAGAGCUAGCAUUACAAGUUCCAACCCUCCAGACCCAGACAUUUUUGCAGUGCAUAGUGGGAGAGCUUGUCCGUGAUGCAGAAGUGGAAGCUCUACUGCAGCAAGACCGCCGGCUAUGGAGAGAAAAAAGUUUGUCACAGUCACUACCUUGCAGGUUUUGCAUUACAAAUUUUUUCAGCAUCACAGCUUUUCUUUGUAUUGCAUAAGCACUAG